AACGUUAGCAGUGAUGGCGGAGCUAGCAGUAGCUGUGGUUGAAGCUGGCAGCGAUGUAAACACAGCUGGAACCCAACAGAAGUCGCUAUGGCGUAUUUACAGGAUGAGACGACUGACGGAGAAAUCCCAAACCUGAACCUGGGAGAGCUGGACCUCACUACUGAUGAGUUCAUCCUGGAUGAAGUGGACAUUCACAUUCAGGCGAACCUGGAGGACGACCUGGUGAAAGAGGCUCUGAAAACGGGCGUUGAUCUCCGUCAGUACUCCAAACAGGUGGAGACGGAGCUGCAGAGGAUCGAACAGGCCUCCAUCAAAGACUACAUCAAAGAGAGUCAGAACAUCGCUCUGCUGCACAAUCAGAUCACCGCCUGUGACUCUAUACUGGAGCGCAUGGAGGGGAUGCUGAGCGGCUUCCAGAGCGACUUGUCCUCCAUCAGCAGUGAGAUCCAGACUCUGCAGCAGCAGUCGGUCAGCAUGAACGUCCGUCUGAAGAACCGGCAGGCAGUCCGAAGCCACCUGAGCCAGCUGGUGGACGAGCUGGUGGUGCCUGGAACCAUGAUCUCCACCAUCCUGGACAGCCCCGUGACAGAACAGGAGUUUCUGGAGCAGCUUCACGAACUCAACAACAAGAUCAACUUCGCCAAAGAGUUGAGCUUCAGAGAGACGCUGGCGUGCUCCGACAUCCAGGACAUCGUGGACCGACUCAAACUGAAGGCGGUGUCAAAGAUCCGAGAGUUCAUCCUUCAGAAGAUUUACUCGUUCAGGAAGCCGAUGACCAACUAUCAGAUCCCACAAAACACGCUGCUGAAAUACAGGUUUUUCUAUCAGUUUCUUUUAGCCAAUGAGAGAACGGUAGCGAAGGAGAUCAGAGACGAGUACGUUGAUACGAUGAGUAAAAUCUACUAUAGUUACUUCAAGUCGUACAGCGGCCGACUGCUCAAAGUUCAGUACGAAGAAGUCGCUGAUAAAGACGAUCUGAUGGGAGUAGAAGACACAGCAAAGAAAGGUUUCUUCUCCAAACCGUCUCUGAAGAGCAGGAACACCAUCUUCACUGUUGGCCAGCGGGGGGCGAUACUGAGUCCUGCUGAGCUGGAAGGGCCGAUCCUGGUUCCUCACACGGCUCAGAGAGGAGACAGCAGGUAUCCGUAUGAGACGUUGUUCCGCAGUCAGCACUACGCUCUGCUGGAUAACGGCUGCAGAGAGUUCCUCUUCCUGUCCGACUUCUUCAUGGUGACGGGAAACUCGGCCUUCGACCUCUUCAACAGCAUCAUGGGAAAAACUCUCAGCAUGUUCCUGAAGAGUAUGUCCACGUAUGUGUCCGACUGCUACGACAGCAUCGCCGUCUUCCUCUGUAUUCACAUCAUCCUGAGAUUCAGAGCCAUCACAGCCAAGAGGAACAUCCCCGCUUUAGACAAGUACUGGGAGGCUGUGUUAGAGCUGCUGUGGCCGAGGUUCGAGUUGAUUCUGGAGCUGAACAUCAUCAGCAUCCGAAACACAGACCCUCAGAAACUGGGAGUACUGGACACCAGACCUCACUACAUCACCCGUCGCUACGCUGAGUUCUCGUCGGCCAUCGUCAGCAUCAACCAGACGUUUCCCAACGAGAGAACCAACACUCUGCUGGGACAGCUGCAGAUCGAGGUGGAAAACUUUGUUCUGAAGAUGGCGGCAGAGUUUCCCUCCAGGAGAGAUCAGCUGAUCUUCCUCAUCAACAACUACGACAUGCUGCUCAGCGUCCUCAUGGAGAGGGCAGCAGACGACAGCAAAGAGGUGGAAGGUUUCCAACAGCUGCUGCUGGCCAGGACGCAGGAGUUCAUCGAGGAGAUUCUGUCUCCUCCGUUCGGGGGGAUGAUCGCCUUCGUGAAGGAGGCCGAGGCUCUGCUGGAGAAAGGGCAACUCGACCGGCUGAAGAACGAAGAAGCUCGGAUCACUCAGCUCAUUCGAGGUUUUUCCAGCACGUGGAAGCAGUCGGUGGAGUCGAUGAGUCAGGACGUGAUGAGAUCUUUCACCAACUUUAAAAACGGGACCAGCAUCAUUCAGGGCGCUCUGACUCAGCUCAUCCAGUACUACCACGGCUUCCACAAGGUCCUGAACCAGCCGAGCUUCCGCAGCCUGGCCGUCCGCUCCGAGCUCAUCAACCUGCAUCACCUCAUGGUCGAAGUGAAGAAACACAAACCUAACUUCUAACGGCCAAUCAGACGAGCCGCUGUUUGAAUCUGGAGCAUGAAACAGGAAGUAAAAGCUGCAGCUCUCAUCUGAAGGACAUUUUUCUGGAAGCAUUAAAACACUUUAGUCUCAUCAUCACGGAUCAGUGAAGACGACGAGCUGAAGAACCAACAGUCAAUGUCACUCUGCAUUAAAACAACUAAACAUCUAAAGUGAUGAAAUGUGCUAAAAAAAAGAGAGAUUUUAAAUUAUAAUCCUUCAGAUUUCAAUCCUGGUUGGUUUUUACAGGAUGCAUUCAGGUACAGUAGUGAGCGUAGGACAUAUGAGAACUAGCAGCACUCAGAGUCCCAACACACCAUCUCUGCAGUUAAACCUGUAAAAUGGAAGUAAAUGGAUUUAAUUAAGUUUAAAAAUACAUUUGAAGCUGCGUUAAGAGCGAGUGAAACGUGAUCUGAUCCAUUGUUGUGACAUCAUGACAGCAGCUCAGAUCUGAUUUAAUGGCUCAAUAAAGAUAUUUUAAUAUAAACUGAGUCAAACUUUGAAACAGUUUAUAUAUUAAAGUAUAUUUAUGAAGUGAAGACAGUGUGCAGACGUUCUCUUUACUCACCUGUUAUAGUUAUAAGAACCUCUCAGGUGCUCGUAUGUUGCAUUUCCUGUGACUCCUUCACAAUAAAAUCCAGCCUCUUCUGAUCUGAAGCAGCAGCUGCAGGAAACGUUCACAUUAGCAGUGAUACUGUGUGAUUAUUACACUAACAAUAACAACUACACACAGUUAAUCACUGAAUAUAAACACAGUGAAUAAAAACCUUAAGGAUUAUAACUUUAAAUUUGACUAUUUAUUAAUAAAAUGAACAUUAACGACUGAUUUUAUUCAGUUAAGCAGCGAGAAAAAAAACCUUCCUUCAUGAUCAUGAAACACUGAAUGAUGAUAAAUGUGUGUUUUUAUUAUUUAGUCUUUAUUGUUUGUUAUGAUUGAGAUGAAUAAAGUGUAAAUUAUUGAUUUAUAUCACUGCACUAGUGAGAGAGAGACGCUCUGACUAAUAUAUUACUUGAAAAUGUGUAUUUUCUUUUUUUUUCUGUUAAUCUGAGAAACAGCUUCAACGAACGUCAGCAGUAGAAAUAUAAGUUUGGUUUUAUUGUUUUAUUCUCAAUAAAUCCCAUAAAAAUAUUAUUCAUUCUGAUAAGUUGUGGGAUUUGUUGACUUGAAUAAAACUUUAUUAUAUCUCCAGAUUUUCCUCUUUAACCCUCCUGUUGUCCUAGAGUCAAGGAAGGAAGGAAGGAAGAAGGAAGGAAAGGAGGGAGGGAGGAAGAAGGAAGGAAAGGAGGAAAGAAGGGAGGGAGGGAGGAAUGAAAGAUGGAGGAAAGGACGCUAGGAAGAAGGAAGGAAACGAGGAAGGGAGAAGGAAGGAAUGAAAGAUGGAGGAAAGGACGCUAGGCAGAAGGAAGGAAACGAGGAAGGGAGAAGGAAAGGAGGAAGGAAUGAAAGAUGGAGGAAAGAAGGAGGGGAGGAAAGGAAAGAAGGAAGGAAACGAGGGAGGAAAGGAAAGAAGGAAGGAAACG